AUGUCUUCAUUCUCGACCGACUACAGCAUGUCAAGUAUCAACAGUAUCAACGAAAACAUUUACAACGCUCAAAAAUUAGCGAAAUCUCCAAAAUAUCGAUUGAGAAAAAUUUUCAAGCCGAUAUUAAAGAUGUUGCUGAAUAAAAGCAAGAGAUCUGCUCAGAAUGUUUGUAAAUGUAAGAAUUCGUCGUUUGAUAGCUACGAUUACGCUUCAGAGAUCUGUGAUAAUGACUUGAAUGAGACUUUAGAAACGAGAAUUAUGGAUGAAAUCAGAGAUUGCGCCGAUAAUUCAGCUGUUUAUGUUUAUGGUGAGAAAGAUCAACUGGUGUCAGUCGACAGAAAUCAGACUUUUGUGCCAGUACAUUUCGCUCGAACAAAGACCGGAACAUUCUUCUGGACAUCAUUCGACAACAGCGAACAUUUCGAUCCAGACAGCCAAUUACCACAACUUCAUUUCAACCAAUACGAUCGAUGGGUACAAGCAUGA